AUGGCUAACCAAAUUUCUGUACCAAGAGAAAGAGAAAGAGUUCUCAUUCAGAAAAUCAAGCCAGAAGUAAUGAAGCAUUACAAACAAAUAUCAUGUUCCGCACAUCUGAAAGAUGACACAUUCUAUGUGAAAAAGAGUACGAAAGUAAAACCUAGAGCCUUGAUCAACAACUUGGAAGUACUCAAACGGGACAAGUCUGAAGAACUGAUAAAUGCUAUCAACGGAGUUAUUAGCGAUGUCGAAGAUAUGUUUUCUGAUGGUGGUUGUCGAAUGUACAUACGUCAUACUGCUGGAAGAGGAAAUGCGGUCGAAUUCGUCUGUGUUGCUGUAUAUAAGUAUAUGGUAGAAAGGAAGGAAGCUGUUGAUUAUUUGAUUUCUUUCUUUUCCCAUAAAGAAAAACGUUAUGUUGCCCGAAUCGGUAAUGCGAUGGAUGAACUUCGUGGCACUGCUUAUAAUGCAGUUCUUCAAGAACCUGCGCAGGUAAGGGAUAUGAUAGAGGCGAACUUCAUAUAUGAGCUCGUAGGACGAGAAUACGCUAAAUUAGAAAAUGACAAAAUUUUUAUGUUUAUAGAAGACUAA